AUGUAUCUGAUGCAGUACACCAACGAGAAGGGGGAGCGGGUGUACACGCUCAAGAAGCACGCUCCCGAUGGCAAGCCCACCGAGUCGGCGCACCCCGCCCGCUUCUCGCCUGACGACAAGCUCAGCCGCGAGCGCACGACCUGCAAGAGGCGGUUUGGCCUGCUGCCCACCCAGCAGCCCGCGCGGCAGUACUGA